AUGAAUUCGGCCUAUGGCUCGUCUGAUGUGCCCCGGCAGGCGCCUAUCGGAAGUCAUGGCCCUGUGCCGUCUCUCCCUCCCGUUGUAAGUCCCAGCUCGGCGUCAAACUCGGCGUCUCUGGACCAUCUGUACCAUCACCAGCCGCGCCAUCCACUUCCACCGGGUGCUGGUCCCCAUUCUCCAAUCCAGAGUCAAGCUCCUCCACACCUGCAGCCUCACUUUCAACCUCACCCGGGCCAGGGCCAGGGCAGCCAGGGCCAUCACCACCAGGAACGAGACCACCAGCUGCCGCCACCCAUCAACGCCUACAACACACACCCCCAGCAGCUCCAGCAGCUCCAGCAUGAGCCUUUGCCACCGCGGGUGCUGGACCCUGCGUCCAGCGAGCAGAGAGAUCAGCAGCAGCAGCAGCAGCCUCCUCCCCCUCCUCCGCCUCAGCAUGUCCUCGAACGCCAAUCCGGAUCUCGCGAAUCAUUCAGUGCCUUGAUCCACGCCGAGGGACAGCAGGUUGGGUCGGCAAGUAUGCUCGUUCCAUUCUCUAAGAGCGACGAGCUUACGGGUCGGAAGUACCACCUCGAUGUAGUCCAGCAGCCUCGACGAGCCCGCAUGUGCGGCUUCGGUGACAAGGAUCGACGGCCAAUAACACCACCGCCCUGCGUACGGCUUGUCAUCACCGAUCUCGCUACCGGAAAGGAGAUAGACUGCAAUGAUAUUGACCAUUCCAUGUUUGUACUCAACGUUGAUCUGUGGAACGAAGACGGCACACGCGAGGUCAACCUCGUUCGCUCUUCCACAAGCAGUCAAUCAGCAUCCGCAGUAACGUAUCCAUAUGCAUCCAUCACCAUUGGAGAUAGCUCGCACCCGACAUACGGCCAAAGCAUCCCUCCCCCGAGUCGUGAUGCCACUUAUAGUCUGCCACACACUGCAAACUACCCCCAAGAAUACCAGACUCAGCCUCCUCAGCCUCCCCAGUCUACUUACAACCAAGUCUCUGCAGCGUAUCAGCCUACCACAUACGGCCCCCCGCAACAGUAUUUCCCACGGCAUCAGGCGUUUGGUUCGGACGCUGGGCUCCCUGGAGCGGCCUUCGGAGGAUAUAUGCAGGACCCAAACUCCCUGACGAAAAUGGCCGUGGUCGGUGGGCAGCCCCAGGGCAUGUUUACACGGAAUCUUAUUGGGAGCUUGGCCGCAAGCGCAUUUCGCCUGACCGAUACAACGGAUCAUCUCGGUAUUUGGUUUGUCCUGCAAGAUCUGAGUGUCCGAACAGAAGGACCAUUCCGCUUACGAUUCUCUUUUGUCAACGUUGGCGCUCCCGGAGGGGUUGGCAAGGUCAAUACAGGAAGGGCUCCGAUAUUGGCAUCAUGCUUUAGCGAGGUGUUCAACGUUUAUUCCGCUAAGAAGUUCCCCGGAGUCUGCGAAAGCACGCCUUUGAGCAAGACAUUUGCCGCUCAAGGCAUCAAGAUUCCCAUUCGCAAGGAUGCCAACGGCAAGGGUGGAGAUGGGGAGGAUGAUUAUGCCGACUAA